CAAAACGAAAGUUAAAAGUAGUUGGCGCCAAAACAUUUUCCCCCACGUGAAGCUUCUCUAGUGGAUGUUUGAGGGAUUAAACCUACAACAGAUCACUAUCCAUGUCCCUUCUAUCAGCCAUGGCCUACUCCAGUAGUCUCUUAUUUGAAGACCAGCUCCUAUGCUCCAUCUGCCUCGAUGUGUUCACCGACCCAGUCUCUACUCCAUGUGGACACAACUACUGUAAGAUCUGUCUCAAAAAGUACUGGGACAGCAGUUCACGCUGGCAGUGUCCACUCUGCAAAGAGGAUUUCCCCAAAAGGCCAGAGCUUCGCGUGAAUACGUUCAUCUCUGAACUGGCUGCUCCAUUCAAGAAGCCAUUUCAGGUGACAUCCAACAGCAUCGCAGAUCCGCUUCUCUCCAUGACCAAGACGGUUCUAUGUGACUCGUGCACCGAGGAAAAGGAGGAGGCUGUAAAGUCCUGUCUCCACUGUGGGGUGUCUCUCUGCAGCACUCAUUUGCUGUUUCAUAAAACAACAGCGAAAUUCAAAAGGCACAAACUGGUCAACCCUGUAGACAACCUGGAGGACUACAUCUGCCAGAAACAUGAGCGACCCCUGGAGCUGUUCUGUAGAGAUGAGCAGAAGAGUGUGUGUGAGUUUUGCAUUGAGGGUGAGCACAGAGAUCACAACACUGUUCCUAUUGAGAAGGAAAGUGUUGAAAAAAAACGUAAGCUGAGGGAGACACAGGCAGCAGUUCAGCAGAUGAUCAAGAACCGACUAAAGAAGAUUGAAGAAAUUGAAGAAUCUGUAAAAUUCAAUAAGAUGAACAUAGAGAAGAAGAAAUCAGAAAGUAUGAGAUUUUUCAGUGCUCUGAUGCGCUGCAUUGAGAGAAGCCAGGCUGAGCUGCUUAAGGUGAUGGAGGAGAAGCAGAAAGCAGCAGAGAGGCAGGCUGAAGAGUUCCUUAAAAAGCUGGAUCAGGAAAUCACUGAGCUAAAUUGGAGAAACACUGAGCUGGAGCAGCUCUCCCACACUGAGGAUCACCUCCACCUCCUACAGACUUACCCAUCACUGCGCAGUCCUCCACACACCAAGAACUGGACUGACAUCACAAUUAACUGUCAACUGAAUGUGAAAGCUCUGAGGAUUCAACUACAGAAAUCUCUUAAUGAGGAAAUGGAGAAGUUUCCUGAGAUUGAACUGAAAGACAUUAAACAACAUGCAGUGGCGGUGACUCUGGAUCCUAAAACAGCAAAUUUUUACCUCGUGUUGUCUGCCGAUGGGAAACAAGUGAAAUGUGGAAACUCGCGAAACAAACUUUCUGAUAAUGCAGAGAGGUUUGAUUACUGUGCCUGUGUGCUAGGCAAAGAGGGAUUCUCCUCGGGUAGAUUUUACUAUGAGGUGGAUGUCAGAAGGAAAACUGAGUGGGAUAUAGGUGUGGCCAGAAAGUCUGUUGCCAGGAAAGGAAAAAUCACCCUCACCCCUGAGAACGGGUUUUGGAGUGUGCUGCUGAGAAAUUGGAUGGAAUAUAAGGCUGGGGAACGUCCGCUUGUCGACCUCUCCUUGAAACAAGCUCCACAGAAGGUGGGGGUGUUUGUGGAUUAUGAGAAGGGCCUGGUCUCAUUCUAUGAUGUAGGAACUGAGUCUCUUAUCUACUCUUUCACCAAUCAGUGUUUUAAAGAGGAUCUAUACCCUUACUUCAGCCCUGGCCCCAAUUAUCAAGGUAGUAAUUUAGCACCACUGGUCAUUUCACCUCCUGAGCAUUUUAACUCAGAGCCCUGCUUCACCGUCAGCAACAUGAAAGUCCUCUUUAAGGGUUUAAUGGAGAGAAGUGAAUCUGCACACCUACUGACAAUUCCUACAAACCAAGAAGUAAAAAAGGACUGGACCAACAUGCAGACUGUAGAGAUGUUGAGGACAUCUCUGUGCCAGAUUCUUGAAUCGCUCAAAAAGGAAAUAGACAUGUUUGAUGAUGUUGGUAUGAAAAGAAUUCAGCAAUAUGCAGUUAACGUCACCCUGGAUCCUGAUACAGCUCAUCCUGAACUUCUCCUGUCUCAUGAUGGAAAGGAAGUGAGACAUGAAGACUUGCGUAAAAAUCUCCCUGAUAACCCAGUGAGGUUUGAUUAUUGUGCCUGUGUUAUGGGAAAGGAGGGGUAUACCUCAGGGAGAUUUUACUAUGAGGUGCAGGUCAGACAUAAGACUAAGUGGGAUUUAGGAGUGGCCCAAGAGUCUGUUAUCAGGAAAGGAAGUAUCAUAGUCAGCCCAAGGAAUGGAUACUGGACAAUGUGGCUGAGAAAAAAGACUGACUAUGAGGCUUGUGACUCUCCUCCGGUGCAGCUCUUAUUAAAACAGCCUCCACAGAAAGUGGGGGUGUUUGUGGACUAUGAGGAGGGUCUGGUCUCCUUCUAUGAUGCUGAUGCAAAGUGUCUCAUCUAUUCUUUCACUGGUCAGACAUUCACUAAAAAGCUUUAUCCAUUCUUCAGUCCUUCACGCAGUUAUGGUGGUAAAAACUCAGCACCUCUGAUCAUCAUGCCUGUUAAGCAAUCUACAUAAGGUCUUUUUCAGAACUGUUUGUGAUAUUCAGGAAAUGCUAUUUCUAUCUAUAUAUUUAUUUUUUUCUAAUAAUUUAUAGCUUUAACUGUUUAUCCAUAAUUAUCAAGAUGAUGGAUAUGAGGGUGGUAUAGAAAAACUCCAUGCAAUACUUGGUGGAAAAAAAACACUGAAAGGAACAAGAUUUAAAAGGAAACCCAUCCUUCUUUGGAUUAUUUAAGAUAGUAUAACUUAUACAUAAAUGCCCUGUUAUAAGUAUUUAUAAGUAUUUAUAAGUAAGUGCAAUGGUAUAACAGGAGAUGUAUUUAAGUAAAUAUGAAGUCCACUAUGUUGUCCAUCUGCUUACUUUUUUCCAUGUUUUUAUUUAUUUGUAUUUAUUUUUUUAUUUAUUUGCUUAUUUUAUCCAAUGUGGGUGUACUUCUUGUUAUUU